CCGCCGGGAAUAUCAAGGGAGACUACUCAGAAGUAAUGGAGGACGAGAAAUGAAUUGAGCUGACGUGUACAUAUAAACUUGAUGAUGUUUGGGUCUAUGAUUUGCCGUCUUAUCCUAUCAUUUGCCAUUUUGUUAAAUUUAGAUAUUUUUACAUUAGCCAAUGCAGAUAAAAUAUCAGAUAAGCGUCUCUGCGGAGAUAGAAACUGCCAAACCAUUGUUUCAAAAGCAAGAACUUUAGCAAGACACAAACCAACUGAUCCUGCAUUCCUGCCUUUUGAGAGAGGGGAUUUGAUAGAUAUUUAUAGUAAAUCUGCGGGCAGCAGACAAGAUCUCUGGGGAGGACAGUUGAAUGGCAGACGAGGUUAUUUUCCUCGUUCAUUUGUUAGAGAAUUUAAAGUUGAAAAUCCAAACCCUCAGUUUGUCAUAGAUACAGAGCACCAUGUACCAUUGGAGGAAAGGAUGCGAGGGACACAAGCACCAUCUAAUCCUCGUACAGUGAAACAAGAUAACAGGCAACAAAACACUCCACAACAAGCUCAUUCUGUACCAGUCAUUGAAAAGAAAGAAGAGGAGUCCAAAGAGAGUGAUAACAAAGUUAUAGGUGAACCAGCGGAUGAAACUGACAUUGGAGAUGAGACUGAACUUGCUGAUGAUGAACCUGAAGACCGGGGUACAGAGACUGGUUCCGAAGCUAAUCUAGAAUCUGGUUCUCAAGUUAAUACAGAGACUGGGACCCAAAAUAAUGUUGAGACUGGUUCCGCUGUUAAUACAGAUCAAUUGACUGAGAAAGAAACAUCUGAGCAAAAGGAUGAAGGAAAAGAAACAAAUGAUGUUAAGGAAGAUCCGACUGAGGUAGAUGAAACUGAACUUAAUGAUGAAGACACUGAAAUAGAUGAGACAGAAACAGAUGAAACUGAACUUGAAGAUGAUGAUGAUCAUGUCCCAGAUGAGGAAGUUAAAAAGACAGUGGAAGAGAAGCAUGAAGAUGGCUUUAUUGAUAUAGACAAACUCCCAGUAGACACAUCCACUGAUAUUGAAGAUGACAUUGAUCUAGAUGCCAUUAAAGAAGCAUUGUCUGCUGAGGGAAGUGAAAUAAAAGAACAAGAAGAAGUGGAUAGUGAAAAGAAAGAAAACAUUGAUGAAAUGCAAAAGGGACCAGAACAGACAGAUGAACCAGUUGAUAAAGGAGAAGAAAUUGACUUCAGUAGAGAACAAACAGUUGAAGAGAAAGACGGUAAGAAGGAAGGAGAAACGGAGAUAGAAGAUAAUACAGACAUUGAUGAUGGUGAAGGAGGAUCCAUGUUUGGAAGUAUUUGGUCAGCUGUUGUAAGUCCAUUUCAAAAGAAAGAGGCAGAAAAUGUAGAAACCAAGAAAGUAGAUAAUGAAGAAAAUAAAAAUGUUGAUGAACCUCUAGUUGAUCUUGGUACCCAAACAGUCGAUAACACUGUUGAAGAUAAUAAAAGUGGUGAUACUGCAGAAGGUGAGAAACCAGCUGAUGGGAUACCAACUGAUGAUAAAGGUACAGAAGAGAAUGUAAAGUUUGAGAGUAGUGAACAAGAUAAUAUAGAAAAAAAUGAGGCAGAUAAAAAUGCUGAACAAAUACUGGACAAUUUCGAAAGGACCUUAGAAGCAAUGGCUGAUGUAAAAGAAGAUGUCAAAGAUGUCAAUUUGGAAAAUAUGGAAGGUGAUAAAGAUGAUUUGAAGUUUGUUGAUAGCCAUGGAGAUGUUAUUCAAGACCAUUUAGAAAAUGAAAAAGAGAAAGUUGAUAUAAAACAAAUGGAAGAGAUCAAAGUGCCUGAACCCAAUGUUAAUGAAAUGGAACAGAGUAAAGAUUUUGAUGGAGAAAGACCACAGGUGGAUAGUAACUCUGAAGACAUUAUAAAUUUACGAAAAGAAAUAGAUGAUAAGAAAAUGGUAGAUUUUGAAAAGCUUGCAUCUGGAAUGAUGUCAAUUUUGGCCACACCUACUUAUGAUGAAUCAAAAACAGAAUUUCCUUCAGCUCGUCCAGAUGAAAUUGUUGAUGAAAACCUUGGUAGAGGAGAAGGCACUACACAAGUGAUUAAUACUGAAGCAGAAAUAAGUGAAACAAAAAUAUCAGUUGAUUCAGUGACUCAGACUGUGCAAGAAACUUUGAUAGAAGAGGCUGAUAGGAAUGAACCAGUCAAAGAUGAUACAAGAGGUGGUGGUGUUGUGAUAGAUGGUACCACAUUCGAUGCUGAUUACUUUGGAGAUGAAAUGACAACAGCCAAUGACCAAGCAACAGAACAAAUAUACUCAACCCCAUCUGUGGUUGACAAUAUGGUACAGACACCUUUACACAAAAUAGAACCAACAAAACUUUUUGAUGCACCAUUGGAAACUGAGCAAACUUUGCUUCCACCUGGUACACAACAGCCUGUAGACAAUGGAGAUAACAAGAUACCUUAUAAUCAACAAGAGGAGCAGACUUCUACAGUGAUACCUGAAAAUAUACAUGCAACAGAAACAGUAAAAGAGGAACCAGUAGGCCAAGAGUCCCUAGAUGUAAGCGUCCUUGGGACAUCUUUUGGAUAUGCCACUCAAAAAGUUGAAGAGAUCCAAACACAGCCUAUUGAAAGUAUAAUAGUUGAUUCUCAAACACAAGCUGUUGACAACAACGAAACUGUAGCUAGUGAUAUUGUACAAGACAUGGUACAACCAUCUCUGGAUCAGAAUGCCUACAGUACUGAAGCAUUCAUUUCAAGAAAACCACUUUCGACCGAGUCAGCUUCUGCUGAAGCCAGUACAGAGACAGAAUUACCAAAUCAAGGAAUUAAUACAGAAAGUCAGCAAGUAGAUCAAGGUGGAGUUGAAACUAAACAAGGCCUUGAUCAGAAUAAUAACCAAGUAAUUGACGGAAAGGAAGAAACAAAACCUCUAACUGAUGAUAAUAAUAAUCAGCUUGGCCUCGGACAAGAAGGAAUCAAACAAACAACUGAUCUGAAUAACAAUAUACCUGAUAAAGAUGGUAUGAACAGUCAAGAUGGCUGGACAGACUUGUCUAGAGAAGGCAGUACAGAGGAUACUGUUACAGCUCCAACUACUGACUUUCCUGAGCAGCUUGAUCCGUACAGUGGUGUUGAUCAUUUAUAUACCAGAAAGGUUCCGGACCCAGAUCUGGAUGAAGAACUUCGACUACCUGAUGACAAUUUUAUGAAGAUGCUGGAACCAUAUCUAAAGUCUAUGAUUAAUAUGCUACCACCAUCUCUACAAACAGUGUUAGAACAAGAACCUCUUGGUUUGUCACCAACACUAACAAUGCUGGUCUCCUUUAUCUCUACAAAUGUAUUAGCUCUACUCACUUGUGUUGGAUGUUUGUGUAAGGGUAAGAAGAAACAGCCCGGAAGAAAAGAUCCCCUUGUUGUAAUCAGAGACUUGGAGGAGAAAUUAUUUAUAGCAACAAAAGAGAAAGAAAAUUUAGAAGAUGAUAUUCAAAUAAAAAACAAAAAGGUUUUAGAAAUGCAGGAUGAGUUGAGUAGUCAACAGUCUUCCAAAGGAACUUUUGAAACAGAUCUUAAAACAAUAAAACUACAUAAUGAGUCGUUAAAGAAGCAGUUGGCAGAGGUACAGAUAGAGUUAGACGAGUAUAAACAAGAGGUUACAGAGAAGUCACAGGUUGUCAUAUACAAGGACUCAGAGUUGCAGUCGUACCUGACCGAGAUACAAUCCCAGACCAAGAGAGCAGAAGAUGCUGAAUUGGCUUUACAAAAGAUCAGUCACAAUUAUUCAGAAAGGGAAGAAGAAUUGAGACUCAGUCUACAACAAGUACAGUCCUUGUCAGAACAAAUACAACAACUAGAAACUAGCAAACAACAGCUUAAUACACAGGCUGGCGAUUGGUCAGAAAAAGUUACAGAUCUCACUGAGCAAGUGGAACAGUUUUCUUCAGAUGCUAAGAGAAUGCAAGAAGAUUUAGCAUUUAAAGAAAAUGAAUUAGAGGUGCUAAGAGAUUGUUUCCUACAAGUUAAAGCAUUCCAGGGUGAAGAAGAGAUGAAAGAGGAUGCAGAGGAUGCUCCUGAUCUCGGUGAAAAGCUUAAACAGAUGAUGGACGUAUCCAGGGUAAAUGCAUCAUUACGUUCUGUAGAGGAGGAGAGAGAUGUUAUACAAAAUAAACUUCUCAUAGAAGUUGAGUCCCGAAAAGAGUUAGAAGACCAGGUUCAGUUACUUAAGCGUAAGUUUGAGAGUAAUCAGACAGAUAAGAUGAAGGCGGAGCGACAGUGUCAGGAGGCUCAAACUAAAUUAGAGGUGUUAUCUAAAUAUUUUAAGGAAAAAGAGGCGGAGUUAACCAGGCAACUAGGUGAACAAGAGGUGCUAAAGAACCAAAAUAUAUCCAAACUUCAGUCAUCAGACAGCAUUACUCAAGAACUUGCAAAAGAAAAUGAAACCUAUAGGCAACAAAUAGACGAUCUCAAGACAGAAAUUUCCAAGGCAGAAAGAGACUUCAGGUCACAGAUUGCAGCCAAUGAGAAGAAAGCUCAUGAAAACUGGUUGGCAACAAGGGCAGCAGAAAGGGAGUUGAAGGAGUCAAGACACGAGUGUGGAAUGCUGCGACAAAAAUUAACAGACCUUGAAAGAAAAUUAAUGCAGGGCCCGCCACCUGGUUUGAUACGUCCAAUUACACACAGAGCAAUGCCACCACCUGGUAUGCUGAAUGGUCCACCACCACCCCCGCCCCCAGAGAGACCAGGAUCACGAGGGUCAGUGCAUGGACAUGUAACCCCACGGCUUAGAGAUGAUGAUUACAGAGCUUCUCCUAUUGGACCAGAAAGAUUGCCACCCCAUCCAGACCGCAGACUUCCUCCAGGACCAAUGGGGCCGCGACCCCCACCCCCUCCAUUAGAUGCCAUGUCACCCCCUCCAUAUGCCAUCAGACCACCAUUUCCGCCAGACAGAAGGUCACCACCAUCAUUUGAUAGAUAUCCUCCGCCCCGGGGACCAAGGCCCCCAUUUCCCCGUCCCCCACCUCCUCAUCUUAGAAGUCCCCCACCCAUGGGUUCCAAUCCAUCAGAGCAUGAUGAUAGUAAGCAGGAUAUACAUAGCUUCAGACCCAUACAGUCGAGCACACCCAGGAAGUCGAGACAGGGGGGCAGCUCGGCAUCAAAGUCAAGUCUGAGGAGCCCCAGAAAAUAACCAUGGAGCCUUGGAAUAAACCACUCACAUAUGUGUCAUAUGACAUCAUUAUCCAAUCACAUGCUGUAUAUUGGUCAUGUGAUACAUUUGUCCAAUCACAUGCUGUAUAUAGAUCAUGUGAUGAGAAAAAACCCUUUGUGCAAUCUGUGAUUUGAUGGAAAUAUAUUUAUGAUGAUAAUGAUAUUCAACAGAAGAUAGAUAUUGAACUGAUCUAGAUUGAUUAAUCACAAGAGUUGAGAUAAACCUGCUUCAGUAUUGAUGUACAUGUUUUAAUCAGCCAAAACUUUUGAUCAGUCAUAGUCUUAAUUUAGAUUAGAAUUUGUGUGUAUGUGUUAAUGGUAAACUGUUAGUGAUAUAAUAAAACUAUUGUUUGAUAUAGAACAAAACCAUUUCAAUAUCAGUCUUAAAUUAGGAAAUAUCUGUAUGAUUCAGCUGUAAAGAAUAAAGGAAAUGGUAUGAAAUAUCUUUUCAAUUUAGUUUUAAAACUUUGUAGGGUCUAUGUUGAUUUUUAUUAAAGCAGCACGCCUCCAGAUUCAUGUUAAUUUAUGGAAAUUUUGGAAAUGUGUUUGAAAGUAAAAUAUUGUGAGGUGAACAAAUAUAGUAAUUUAUAUAUUGCAAUCGGCACUUACAAUCCACGAAAAUUACCACAAAUAAUGAUCAACAAAUGCAAAAACCGUCCUGACUGCGUUAGUAACUCAGUAGAAAUAUGGUAAUAAAAUACUGAAGAAUCAGUCUUAAACCGCCAUAACAUUUAAAAUAUAACUUGGAUCUUGAAUGUUUUUACCUUUCUUAAAAUUUAAAUACAUUUCUCUCAAUAUUGAUUUUCUUGAAAUAUUUUGGCUCAUCUGGAGGCGUGCAGCUUUAAUAAUAAACAACAUGAUACUAAAAUGCUACCAGUGUAAAGGCAUACAUGUUAUGUGAUACAAUUACAAAAAAACCUAUGCAGAUUUCUGGUAUUAAAGGGACUCCACUGAGGUUUUUUUUACAUGACGGGACUGGAAAUAAUUUUUUGAAGAUAAUGUUCCAUUUGAUGUAGGUCUAGGUCAAUAACUUAAAAUUUCAGGUCAUAUGCUCACUACGUUUUUUUCUGAGUAACAAAUCUUAUUGUGAAAAAUGAUUAAAAAUUGAGAAGCAUUGCUAUGCUUUUCACUCACAUCAGGUUAAAAAAGCACAAAAAUACAAUUUUCAAAUUAUUUCUGAGUAUAUUUCUUAAAUAUCUUUUGCAUACCUUUCUGUUUUAAGUUAACAAGCUGAUCUGUGUAAGAUAUUUUUAGAUUUUAUGCUUUUGGCCUUUGGACCUCAGUUGAGUUCUUUUAAAAUAAAAGGUCUUAACUGCUCAAAAUUAUUUGUAUAGUUAUUUAAAUGGCUACAAUAUAUCUAUUUUAUAUUGUUUAUUAAUACACAAGUGUUCAAUUUUACUUACAGGGAAAAUGUUUGCCAAAUAACAAACUGUGCCUGAAUUUUAAUAUUGAUGCAUUUCAAAUCUUAAGGAAUGUUUGUUGUUAAUGUUAAUAUGAUGUAUUAAUUUCAUUAACAUUCUGUAUGCUUUAAAGAUAUUUAAUUUAAUUUUAAAAGUCCGAAUUUGGAGAUAGAUUUGAAUUUUGAGCCAGCUCUAGGAUUGAAAUUCAAAAUUUUCAAAAACCCAAAUUUCGAAAUUCUACUCGAGCUCAAAAUUUGGCUUUUUCAAAUUUUUGAAUUUCAAUCUUCGAGUUGAGAAGGUGCAGGUCACAAAGGACUGGUACAUGGUAAAAGCUUCAGUUUAUUUAUUUUUUUUGAGAAAAGGAGAAAAUUGUUAACCCCUGUUUUUCAGUUGACCUUUGUCUAAAGAUUCAUCUUAUAUUGUUUGUUUUAAUGGAAUUUUACAUUUAUAUUUUAGUCCUUUUUUUCCUCUCUUAGUAUUAUUACAUCCAUCUUGGGCUUUUUUGUCAUAGUUAAAUACUUUAAUUUACAUGAAAAGCAUACAGUUGGUAUUUCAUGUAUGUUUGUAUUUUAUUUAAAGGUUUAUAGACAUUACUGUGUGAACUAGUUAUCUCUGUAAAAUUAGUACAUAUAACAUAUUAAAGAGAAACUGGUCUUGAUUUAAAGGUGGUCUUUAACUAGAGGGUUUUGAUCAUACCAUUCAAAAUUUUUGAACAGCAUUGAUGAUAAUCAAAUAGCAAAUUUUUAGUGUUUUGUAGUUGCAUAGUAUAAUUAUUUUGUUUAAAAAAGUACUUUAUUAAGUCACAAAUAUAGAACCAGGCUGGUCUGUUUAUCCUUAGGCUAGCCUGGGCUUGGAUAUCCCCUUGCUGGCCUGCAUAUCCUCAGGCUAGCCUGGGCUUGGACAUCCUAAGGCUGGCCUAGGCUUGUACAUCCUGAGGCUGGCCUUGGCUUUGACAUCCUCUGGCUGGCCUUGGCCUGUACAUCCUCAGGCUAGCCUAGGCUUGGACAUCCUCAGGCUGGUCUUCACGUCCUUAUAGAUUGACCAGACAUUAGACUGUUAACAACUAUUUCUGCGAAAUUUCUUAAAUGGACUUGUCAGGCUCCGAUUAUUGGAACUUUCCAUUAUUAAUUUUAAAGAUAUCGAGAUGAAAAUGAAAAGUUGGGUCAGCCAACAGUUUGAGCGUGAUCAGACAGCACAGAUCUACAGGCUGGCCUGGUUCUAUGCUAAAGGCAUAGGAUUCAAGGUUUAAGGUUAAACAUUUUGAUAUUCUAAACCCUGUGCAAUAACAAUGGAGAAUUCCAAAUUCAUUGAUGAGGGCAAGUCUAACAUACAAAUUAAGCAUUUUAAGGUUUAAAUAAAUUUUGAAACACUAAAGUCUCAGUGCAUGAUCACUGGUGUACAGUUUAAACAUACAUUUUCUUAUGCCAAUGGAAUUUAAUAAAUGAUUCAGUAAAUGAAAUAUUAAAAAAAUUUGCUCUUCAUAUUGUGCCAAAUUUAUAUCCAAGGUCAAAUGUCCAUAAAAAAGUGCUUCUGCAGAAUGAAGGUCUGAAACAAUCUGGUGUUUUACUGGUGUUGAAUUAAAAGAUAAAUGUGCGACAGUAAAAUAAAAUUGCCAUAAAGCAACAGUGUUAAAGUGCAAAAGGUAUACUGUAGCUGUCAUUUUAAUUUUGUGUUUUCUUUUUGGAUAACCUUAAUAGCUUAUCAUAUUUAGUUGUAUUUCUUUAAGUAUAUUUAUAUACAUGUAUGUAAGAUGAAGCUGUAAAUUAUCCCUGAUGCUUUUUAUUUAUUGUUAUGAAUGAAUAAUGAUGUAAGAAUUAAUUACUGUAAUGGUUCUAAUUGGUGCCCUCCCAUUUGAGGUUCUGAAAUAAUCUAAGUUGAUACAGAGUUUAUUUAGUUUUAUUUAGAAUCAGUGUUGUACAUUAAAUAGGAAAUGAUAAAUAAAUUGAUAAUCAUAUUUAUUCUAAUUAGCUCCUACCUGUAAGUGGUUCCAAAUAAGCUCACUC